AGGUUCCUUACUGAGCACGAAAGCUUCUCUCCCGUGAGUUCCUCUCGGGAUUCUCCUACCAACCCUUUUUCUUCUCGGCGACUAGCAGUUUCUGUGUUCCGAUCCAUUGAAUUUGCUUCAAAGGAAGACUAAUUAAUGAGCACGAUUUUAGUGCAGACUGAAGAGAGGUGAUGGUAAAUUGGUAAAUGAGUACAGUUGAGCAGUAGAAAUCUCUGCUAUAUGAUAUAAAAAAACAUAUCUUGUCAAUCUAAAUCAUGAUUUGUGGUGCCAAAUUUGUCCCUCAUCAUCAUGGAGCUUCGCAUUUCCACUUCCUCUUUAUUGUCUCCUCACUGGCCAGCGAUGUGAUGCCUACUGUUCUUUUGUCUUUUCCUUUUUCGUUCCCUUCUCUAUCGCUGGUUCUUAUGCUGAGUCCGUAUAAAUUUAACAAGUGCAAAUUAAAGGCAUCGGCGCUGGAGAAGUAGAGAGGAAGCGGCUAGAGUAACGCAGUUGCAGAUUCAAUUGUACUGAGUCAGUGUAAGUUUUUGAUGAAAGAAGCAGCAGGUAGGAGGCGGCAGAGCGCGGCGGCGUCGCCGUGCGCGGCGUGCAAGCUCCUCCGGCGGCGGUGCGUGCAGGGCUGCGUGUUCGCGCCGCACUUCCCAGCGGAGGAGCCGCGCAAAUUCGCCUGCGUGCACAAGGUGUUCGGCGCCAGCAACGUCAGCAAGCUCUUGCAGGAGAUGGCGGAGCAGCACCGAGGAGACGCCGUGAGGAGCUUGGUGUUCGAGGCGGACGCCCGGGUGCGCGACCCCGUCUACGGCUGCGUCGCACUCAUCUCCUCCCUCCACCGCCAAAUCCAAUCCCUCCAGGCUCAGCUCGCCCUGUCCCAGGCCCACAUCCUACACCUCCGCAUGCGUCGCACCGCCGCCGCUCACCUCGCCUCAGGCGACCACAUCACUUCCGCCUCCGCCUCCUCUCUGUCAUUGGAAGUCGAUCAGACGGCUAGAUUUUACUAGCUUCGCUUCUAUAUCAAUUAACAUGUAGCUACUGAACUUCAUGAUGAUCUAUGUAGAUAUGCUUGAACUGGAAUGUAACGCAGAGCAUCAAAAUUUAUGUA